AUGUCAGAAGUUACAAUGCGGCGGGGGUCGACACAGCGACUUUUGAUUUUUGCUCUUUGCGUUCUUCUCUUCCAUGUCAGUAACUCCAUCGUACAGGAGGCGGUGUUCUAUAUUCCUGGAUUUCACCACACUGUGCUACUCACAUUUACGCAGUCACUCUGCGUCUCACUCUUUGCUGCUUUGCAAUUGUACCGCUCUUCGCCUGUUAAAUCGGCUUCACCAUGGCGACGACUUGUAGAGGCGCGUCGUGUGCCCCUUCGCACAUAUUUUAUGAUUUCUAUCAUGAACACUACAAGUGUAUACUUAACGAAUGAGGCCUCACGUCUUCUUAGCUAUAGUACACAGGUUGUCUUUAAGUCUAGUAAACUCCUCUUUGUCUGGCUUGUGCGCUAUAUAGCAAUUGAACUCCCCGCACGUUUUGAAGCAAAAGAGGUACUAAUAGCUCAUGAUUUUGAAGAGGUAGAGGUACAACAACAACAACAACAACAACAACAACAACAACAACAACAUACAACCCCUACAAAACAUGAUACUUCUGAGAUAUCUAGUGGAUUCGUCGCCGUGAAUGUUUGUUUGCCCAAGCCAAUAACCCGAUUCUCACCGCCGUGCAGUGAACUCUCUUUCACUGGCAAAAGUAGUCACAAUAAUGGCAACAUCAACAACAACAAUAAUGAUAACGUCAUUCAUAGUCUCUCUCACGCGGCUAUGAUGCAUCCAAAGAUGAUGAGAGAAGCAGCGUCAUGCGUAACUGUUGUUGUAGGCCUUAUUCUUUUCACAUAUGCCACAACGAGUACACGUGUAGCCAAAGGGGAGGGAGAUCAAGAUCAGAGCUGGUGGCCAGUGUUUGCCGGCGUUACGGGCAUUGUGGUAGCCCUCGUGUGUGAUGCCCUUAUGUAUUUAGGGGAAGAGAAGUACUGCUUCAUGACUCACAAUGCCACCCACGAUGAGGUGCAGUGUUACGUUUUCCUUCUCUCUACCUUAAAUGGAUUGGUAUCACUCAUUCUAAGCGGUGGAGUGGAGGAGUCCAUUCUAUUUGUGAAUAACCAUCAUGUGUUCUUGCUGCUGUUGCUCCUCUGCUCUCUGUGUAACUAUGGUGGUACCUUCUUCCUUCUGCGUAUCAUCUCUGAGUUUAAUAGCAGCACCGCGACAGUUGUGACAAGUGUACGUAAGGUGGUAACUGUACUGUGUAGUUACGUUGUGUAUCCGAAGCCGUUCGGUGUGGCACACUUCGCCGGUGUACUUCUCGUAGUGGGCGGGAUUUGGCAGUACGAGGAGGCACGCAAGAUGCACGGUUCACACACACGUGCUGUAGGUGCCAAACACGAAGAGGAGAAAUGA